GCGCAUGCGCCUUGGGAGACGCAACGGUUGUCAACAGCGCUGUAGCUGUAUGAAAUGGCGGAUCGUGGAGAAGAGGCGGAGAGCGAAGAUGAGCUGUAUGAGGUGGUGGACAUCACUGAAUAUGCACGACGACAUCAGUGGUGGAGUCGAGUUUUCGGGAGCAACACCGGACCCAUCGCUGAGAAGUAUUCAGUAGCCACACAGAUCAUGAUGGGUGGCGUAACAGGAUGGUGUGCUGGUUAUCUCUUCCAGAAGGUUGGGAAAAUUGCCGCAACUGCAGUGGGCGGAGGAUUUCUUUUGUUACAAAUUGCCAAUCACAGCGGGUAUGUGCAGGUGGACUGGAAGAAAGUAAAGAAGGAUGUUAAUAAAGCAAAAAAGCAUCUGAAGAAGAAGGCCAACAAAGCAGCACCAGAGCUGAAUUCAUUUAUCGAAGAGUCUACAGAAUUUGUGAAGAGGAAUGUAGUUGUUUCAACCGGAUUUCUUGGAGGAUUUCUGCUGGGUCUAGCGUCAUAAGUCACAGCUGGACCUCCUAUACAAAUGGACACUCCUUACCCAGAGAUAUUCUAUUAUGUAUUUUUAUUUUAUUGCUGUAUUACGGAGACGUAAACCUAAUAAAUUUUGCAGUAUCGGUUGGUUUGGGGUAGAGUUGGGAAACAUAGUUUGACUUCUCAGCUAUCUGCAUGUCUAAGAAAGAAGAAGAUGCACAGCAGUGAUAUCUUGUAAAUAAUAGGACUGCUAUGGUAUGAGCCAUUUUUAUGCCAAAUUUGAUUGGUAGUGUUGUAGAAAAAUGAACACUGAUCCGGGGCUGUUUGUGUCUCAAUGUCAUGGAGUAGGCCUGAGUUGAACUGUACUGAAAUAAUGAAUUGCUUGCAUAUUUAUACUGCU